AUGGUGACUACGGCGAAGACGUGUUCACACUGUGGCAACAAUGUCCAUAACGCACGUACUUGUUGUCUUAAUAAAGGAAGCGUGAAACUCUUCGGCGUUGACAUAUCAUCUCAUCCUAUUAAGUCCCCUGAGGUCACGGCGUUAAGGAAGAGUCUCAGUGUAGGGAAUCUUGAUUCUCUUCUUGCUAACGAUAAUAGUAACGGUAAUGAUGACCUAAGCUCCGCCGUUGAAGAUACCGGUUAUCAUUCUGAUGGUCAGAUUCAUUCAAAGAAAGUGAGGUCUGGUCAUGUUAAGAAAAAGGGGAAUCCAUGGACCGAAGAAGAACAUCGGAUGUUCUUGGUCGGCUUGAAGAGGCUCGGAAAAGGAGAUUGGAGAGGGAUCUCAACGUUAUACGUGACGACAAGAACACCGACACAAGUCGCGAGUCAUGCUCAAAAAUAUUUUCUUAGGUUAAAUGGUAACGACAAGAGAAAAAGACGUGCUAGUCUCUUUGACAUCUCUCUAGAAGACCAGAAGGAUAAAGAGAAGAAUUCUCCAGAUGCAUCAACAUCAUCAUCGAAGAAUCCAUCUAAACAACUAAUAACCGGAUCUCAAGAACCGGUACGAAUUCAAUCUCCAACCGAGAUAUCAAACCGGUUUCAGAAUCUAUCAAUGGGAUACAUGCCAAUCUACCAAAACGUACCAGCUUACUACAACUUUUCACCUGUUAUGUUCCAUCCAAUGUACUAUGCCAACCAUGAACCGAUUAGGUAUGUUCACCCUUCCGGUAUACCUAUACCAAGGCAUGUACCAAUUUAUGUGACUCAAACUCAUGCAAAUGAAGACUUUGAUAUGACAAAGAAAGAUUUGGAACUUGAUAUCGGUUUGCCUCCUCCUCCUCCCUCUCCUUCACAGUCUACCGGAUCAACAGACUUGACUGCCCAUGGCAUCAUUCAUGUGGAGUAA